AUGAAGACAUUUCUAUAGAGGACUUAAAAGAAUAGCUCUGCUCUGAGAGUUAUUACAACAAGAAAUAUAACUACUCAAAAUAAGGCUUUGGUUUUCUCUAGACUAUGUGAAAAUGGCUAGGGGAAUUUAUUUAAGUUCCACUAGGAUGAAAAACUCUUAAGUGACCAGUUGAAUUUCCACUACUCUACCUUCUGGAACGAUUUUUCUCAUUUCAGUUUGUACAAAACUUCUUCUGAUUUAGUUGAUUCUGAUGACACUCCCAUUAACUACAGUGACUUAAGUAAAAAUAACGAGGAAAAUUUCGCCUUUGCAGAUAGGAAUAAAUAUGUCAAUGUAGAUCACUCUGACUUUAAUUUAAGAGUUGACAAUCAAGGUGAUGAUUCUGAACUGAUUUGUGAAAAUUUUGAGAUAUUUAAAUAAUAAGAUAAGGACAAAGCAAAUUACUUUGAUCUUUAUGCACAUAUCCCUCAAGACUUCAAUCUAGAUGUGCAUGUUAAUGGAGAUAUCACUGGAGUAAAUAUGAAGGAUACGAAGCUCAUAGCGAAAAAGGUUCAUCUAGAAACUACAGGUAGCAACACUUAAAUUUAAACGAGAAGAUUGAGGAAUGAUGAGUGCAAACUUAAAACAAAUGAUGGCAACAUAUUGGUAGGUUCAUAUAUCGAGACAGGUGUUCUUAACUUGGAAACAAACUCAGGAAAUGUGCUUAUUAAUAAGAAGCUAGGAAUAAAUUAAAGAGGAACACUAAAGACCUAAAAUGGUUUGAUACAGAUUGGGUCUGUGUUCUCAAACAUGGCUCAUCUUCCCGAAGCAUUAUACUUGAGUACAAGUAUCGAUAAAAUAUUAGGAUAGUUUAGAUCAAACAAUCAUUAUUACAAUGAAGGGUUGAAUAUCUUCGGUAACAAUUAGAUCUAUAUUGAAAAUAUGCAGGGAGUUGUUAACUUGACUUAGAAGUCUCAGAGUAGAAUUCAAUUAAAUGCAGUGGAAAAUGGUAAGUUCUAAAUCCAUGCUCCUGAGACUUAAGUUAUCCUUCAUCUUCGAAGCCUACAUGAUAUUUCAUAUGUAAUGUGUAAAUCUCUUGAGUUACUACUACCAGAUGAUCUGGAAAAUUGCAACAUUUAUGAUGCUAGAUAGAAUAAAUUCAUUCAUUCUAUCAAUAACAGUAAUGAGGGUGUCUUUCCAACACUAGCUGUAGAUGCUCCAACUUUGAUAGUCGAUGCAUUAGAUAAAGUAGAUGUGAAGAUUAUGAGUAGAUUUGAGAUUUUGAAAAAGCAACUCAUGGAGAAAAUGGAACUUAAGAAAGCUGAGAGCAGAAGAUUUAAAAAUCUGUGA